CUGGAGUCAGCUGAUUUACUGCAGCGGCGGCGGCGGCGGUGGCAACGGCAUCUUGCAUCCUCUGUGGAGAGACAGAGGUUGGGCUGGGGUUGCGAUCCAAAGUUUUCCCACCCGGAUUUGCCCACCCCACCUGUUCCCUGGAUUCGUCCUCGUCCUGUCCUUUUGUAGGAGCGCCGCGGUGGUGGGACUGGGACAGGAAACAUCACGGCAUGAAAUGAAGCUGUGACAGAUGGGGAAUCUGAGACCUAAAAGGGUAACUUUUCCAAGAUUGCACAGAAGAACCAGGGUUUGAACACAGUUCUUCUGAUUGUUUGAAAGCACAAUGGCAGGAAACAGCCUUGUUCUACCCAUUGUUCUUUGGGGUCGCAAAGCACCAACACACUGCAUCUCAGCAGUACUUUUAACAGAUGAUGGGGCCACAAUCGUGACUGGAUGCCAUGAUGGACAAAUAUGUCUCUGGGAUCUUUCAGUAGACCUGGAGGUUAAUCCUCGGGCGCUAUUGUUUGGUCACACAGCUUCAAUCACCUGUUUAUCUAAAGCUUGUGCUUCUAGUGACAAACAAUAUAUUGUGAGUGCAUCUGAGAGUGGGGAGAUGUGCCUCUGGGAUGUGAAUGAUGGCAGAUGCAUCGAAUUUACAAAAUUAGCUUGCACACAUACUGGCAUACAGUUCUACCAGUUCUCUGUUGGAAAUCAGAGAGAAGGUAGGCUUCUAUGCCAUGGCCAUUAUCCUGAAAUCCUCGUUGUGGACGCCACCAGCCUUGAGGUGCUGUACUCCUUGGUAUCAAAGAUCUCUCCAGACUGGAUUAGCUGCAUGAGUAUUAUUCGAUCCCACCGAACACAAGAGGACACUGUGGUAGCACUCUCAGCGACAGGCAUCUUGAAGGUGUGGAUUGUUACCUCAGAAAUAAGUGGCAUGCAGGAUACUGAGCCAAUAUUUGAGGAGGAAUCCAAACCAAUUUAUUGUCAGAAUUGCCAAAGCAUCUCUUUUUGUGCAUUCACACAAAGGUCACUUUUGGUUGUGUGCUCUAAGUAUUGGAGGGUGUUUGAUGCUGGAGACUACUCCCUAUUGUGUUCGGGUCCGAGUGAAAAUGGGCAGACAUGGACCGGAGGUGACUUUGUCUCAGCAGAUAAAGUCAUCAUUUGGACUGAAAAUGGGCAAAGUUAUAUUUACAAACUUCCUGCCAGUUGCCUUCCAGCCAGUGAUUCAUUCCGCAGUGAUGUGGGGAAAGCAGUUGAAAAUUUAAUUCCUCCGGUACAACAUAGCCUCUUGGAUCGAACAGAUAAAGAGUUGUUAAUUUGUCCUCCUGUUACUCGGUUCUUCUAUGGAUGUAAGGAAUACUUCCACAAACUAUUAAUUCAGGGUGAUUCUUCUGGAAGAUUGAAUAUUUGGAACAUAUCAGAUACAUCUGAUAAACAAGAAGGUAAAGGAGGGCUGAAAAUGACAACUUCUAUUAGUUUGCAAGAGGCAUUUGAUAAACUGAAUCCUUGUCCUGCCGGGAUUAUAGAUCAGCUGAGUUUGAUUCCCAAUAGCAACGAACCUCUGAAGGUGACUGCCAGUGUGUAUAUACCAGCCCACGGACGACUCGUUUGUGGCCGUGAGGACGGAAGCAUCGUCAUUGUUCCUGCCACACAGACAGCCAUUGUGCAGCUGCUGCAAGGGGAGCACAUGCUCCGCAGAGGGUGGCCACCUCACAGGACCCUCCGAGGUCAUCGGAACAAAGUCACAUGUUUACUGUAUCCUCAUCAAGUCUCAGCUCGUUAUGAUCAACGAUAUCUGAUAUCUGGAGGUGUGGAUUUUUCGGUCAUAAUUUGGGACAUAUUUUCCGGAGAAAUGAAACAUAUCUUCUGUGUCCAUGGUGGUGAGAUCACUCAGCUUCUAGUUCCGCCGGAAAGCUGUAGCGCAAGAGUGCAGCACUGCAUCUGCUCUGUAGCCAGUGACCAUUCAGUAGGACUCCUAAGUUUACGAGAGAAAAAAUGCAUUAUGCUGGCAUCACGUCAUCUUUUCCCCAUUCACGUAAUCAAGUGGAGGCCUUCUGAUGAUUACCUAGUAGUGGGAUGUUCAGAUGGCUCUGUGUACGUCUGGCAAAUGGAUACUGGAGCAUUGGAUCGUUGUGUGAUGGGAAUAACAGCGGUAGAGAUACUGAAUGCUUGUGAUGAAGCAGUUCCUGCUGCUGUUGACUCACUUAGUCACCCAGCAGUCAACCUCAAGCAAGCUAUGACACGACGUAGUCUUGCUGCUCUGAAAAAUAUGGCCCAUCAUAAGCUACAAACUCUUGCAACCAACCUCUUGGCUUCUGAGGCAUCUGACAAAGGAAAUUUACCUAAAUAUUCUCAUAACUCCCUGAUGGUUCAAGCAAUAAAGACAAACCUAACAGACCCGGACAUACACGUGCUUUUCUUUGAUGUGGAAGCGUUGAUUAUUCAGCUCCUGACUGAAGAAGCCUCUAGGCCGAAUACUGCACUUAUUUCCCCAGAGAAUUUGCAAAAAGCAUCUGGCGGUUCAGACAAAGGGGGCUCUUUCCUCACUGGAAAACGAGCAGCAGUGCUCUUCCAACAAGUGAAAGAAACUAUCAAAGAGAACAUAAAGGAACAUCUCCUUGAUGAUGAAGAGGAGGAUGAGGAGAUAAUGAGGCAGAGACGGGAAGAGAGUGAUCCUGAAUAUCGGGCCAGCAAAUCGAAGCCAUUGACCCUGUUAGAAUAUAAUUUGACUAUGGACACUGCUAAAUUGUUCAUGUCCUGCCUUCAUGCUUGGGGUUUGAAUGAAGUUCUAGAUGAAGUUUGUCUUGAUCGCCUUGGAAUGCUGAAACCCCACUGCACAGUGUCUUUCGGCCUCUUAUCCAGAGGGGGUCAUAUGUCACUGAUGCUGCCUGGUUAUAAUCAGGCUGCUCGUAAACUAUCACACGGGAAAGCAGAAGUAGGAAGGAAGCUGCCAGCCACGGAGGGAGUAGGAAAAGGAACUUACGGAGUGUCCCGGGCCGUCACCACACAACAUCUGCUGUCCAUCAUAUCUUUGGCAAAUACCUUAAUGAGUAUGACCAAUGCAACUUUUAUUGGUGAUCAUAUGAAGAAGGGCCCUACCAGGCCACCUAGACCAAGCACCCCAGACCUUUCUAAGGCAAGGGGUUCCCCUCCAACUUCCAGUAAUAUUGUGCAAGGACAGAUUAAACAAGUUGCUGCACCUGUCGUUUCCGCUCGGUCUGAUGCUGAUCACUCUGGCUCUGACCCUGCUUCUACUCCUGCUUUACAUACCUGUUUCUUAGUAAAUGAAGGAUGGAGUCAGUUGGCUGCUAUGCAUUGUGUUAUGCUGCCUGAUCUACUGGGAUUGGACAAAUUUAGGCCUCCACUUCUGGAGAUGCUGGCUCGGAGAUGGCAGGAUCGAUGCUUGGAGGUCCGAGAAGCUGCACAGGCCCUGCUUUUGGCAGAACUGAGAAGAAUUGAGCAGGCGGGAAGGAAGGAGGCCAUUGAUGCCUGGGCUCCUUACUUACCUCAGUACAUGGACCACGUCAUAUCACCCGGGGUCUCAGCAGAAGCCAUGCAGACUAUUCCCACUGCUCCUGAAGCCUCCGGGCCAGAAGCCAAAGUCCAAGAGGAAGAGCAUGACCUUGUAGAUGAUGACAUCACGACUGGUUGCUUGUCAAGUGUUCCACAAAUGAAAAAAAUUUCCACAUCCUAUGAGGAAAGACGGAAGCAAGCUACUGCUAUUGUUUUACUAGGAGUAAUUGGAGCUGAAUUUGGUGCUGAAAUUGAACCUCCUAAACUGCUGACCAGACCUCGAAGCUCUAGUCAAAUUCCUGAGGGAUUUGGUUUGACUAGUGGUGGAUCCAACUACUCAUUGGCCAGACAUACUUGUAAGGCACUGACAUUUCUUCUGCUGCAGCCGCCAAGCCCCAAACUUCCUCCACACAGUACUAUUCGAAGAACAGCCAUUGAUCUGAUUGGACGGGGUUUCACAGUUUGGGAGCCUUACAUGGAUGUGUCUGCUGUCCUGAUGGGGCUUCUUGAACUUUGUGCUGAUGCUGAAAAACAGCUUGCCAACAUCACAAUGGGGCUGCCUCUGAGCCCAGCAGCUGACUCCGCCCGCUCGGCACGGCAUGCCCUCUCCCUCAUUGCCACUGCCCGACCACCCGCCUUCAUCACUACCAUCGCCAAAGAGGUGCACAGACAUACUGCUCUUGCAGCAAAUACGCAAUCACAGCAGAAUAUACACACCACAACUCUUGCCCGAGCUAAAGGGGAAAUUCUGAGAGUCAUUGAAAUUCUUAUUGAAAAGAUGCCCACAGAUGUCGUGGAUCUUCUUGUAGAGGUUAUGGACAUCAUCAUGUACUGCCUUGAAGGAUCUUUAGUUAAAAAGAAAGGUCUUCAGGAAUGUUUCCCAGCCAUCUGCAGGUUCUACAUGGUCAGCUAUUAUGAGCGGAAUCACAGAAUAGCAGUUGGAGCUCGCCAUGGUUCAGUGGCCCUGUACGACAUCCGGACUGGAAAAUGUCAGACAAUCCAUGGACACAAGGGACCAAUCACUGCAGUGGCCUUUGCCCCUGAUGGACGGUACCUUGCCACCUACUCAAACACUGACAGCCACAUUUCUUUCUGGCAGAUGAAUACCUCCCUGUUGGGGAGCAUCGGCAUGCUCAACUCGGCACCCCAGCUGCGCUGCGUUAAGACCUACCAGGUGCCCCCCGUGCAGCCGGCGUCCCCUGGCUCCCACAAUGCCCUCAGGCUGGCCCGGCUCAUCUGGACUUCCAACCGCAACGUCAUCCUCAUGGCCCACGACGGCAGGGAGCACCGCUUCAUGGUCUAGGGCUCGGCUCGCAUCUUCCUUCUCCCGGGUCUCCAAACCCAGGGCCCCGUCCUUCCUCAGUGCCUGCCUACGCCGGGGUCCACGGGCGCACAGCAGGUCUGCGUCCCUCCUCAUGGUCCUCGGGGGCAGACUCCUGCCUGUGCCACCUAUUGAUUGAGGCAUGCACACAUCGCUCUGCAGGAUCUGGCGACCUGUCCCCAGGUCGUUUCUCCCUGCUGCAGAGGGAGGGGCAGCCGGCGGUGCUGUUGCUAGUGCACCAGAGGCCCCCAAAUCAAUAACCACUGUGAUUGCACUGCCAGCCCAGAUCAGCAUUUUCCUCGCACUAAAGCCCAGCUCUGAAGCGCUGUUGGAACCUCGUUGUUUUGACAUUGGGCUUUGAGAUAACAUGGCAGUCCUAAUUAUUGAUAUUAUUUUCCUCUGGAUUUCCGAAAACAUGCUAUUGUUUACCAGAAAGAUUCUGUGUUUACAUGGGGUUUUUUCUUCUGGAGAUUGCUAGGAAAUUACUCCAUCUAAUUUCCUAGGGUUUAGCCACUGUCUUCUUUAUUAACACCUAACCGAUUUGAGAUUAAUGAGAAAAUACACACACACACACACAUACACAAAUUUUCCUCGUGGAGAAUACAGUUUCCCGGAUAGCUAGCCCUCUAAAAUGCUCAUAUCCUGCUUAAGUGAUAGUGUAUUUAGUAGUUUAAAAUAAAAAUCAUUACUGCUUAUGAUCUAGUUAAUAUACUUAUCCCGUCACUAGAACUGAUCUAGUAAAUGGACUUUUGUCGUAAAGAACCAAGUUUGGAAGCAGAGCAUCUGCCUACAGAGAAGAUUCUUGUUGCUACAGAUCUCUUUGAGAAAAAGUCUACCCCUUCCUUCCAGAAACUUUACAGACCUGCAGCUCCUGGAUGUCAGCUAUCAUGUAAUAGUGACAAUUCAGACUUCAAACUACUGCUGACCAAUUAAAGGAAAACUAAGACAGCGUUUCUUUUAAAUAAGUAUCCCAGAACACCUUUACUGUGGCACACACAUUCAGAACUAUACAGUCGUCCCUCAGUAUCUUGGUGGCGGCAGUUCCAGGACCACCACCCGCCCACCAGGAUACCAAAAUCCACAUCUGCUCAAGUCCCUGAUACCAAAGAGCAGAGUACACGGAGUCUAACUAUAUAUGAAAAUGCGGGGGCCCUGAAUCAAUCUGCACAAAUGUCACAGUGAGGGUGUUCCUCACACUUUGAAGUAAGCAUCAACUAGAUCACUUUCUUCUUGUCAAAUUAUGCUGGUUCUUGUUCAUAGUAAUGGGGAAAAGAACCCAUAAAAUAACGUUUUGUAUGACUUGUUCCUAACAAGCCUUGAUCUGUAUAUAGUUGGGGAUUUGGUUGGUUGUUGACUGCUUGGUUAAUUGGGCAAAAUGGUUUAUUAGAACCAAAAUAGAAAAUGAUUUAUUAAAUUCAGAGAAAACACGUGAAGUUUACAGAGGAACCAAAAUGAUAGUAGGAGCAUCUAAUUAAAAGCAUAGAUUGUCAGAGUUUAUAUAAUACACAAAAAAGUAGGAUCAGAGUCAGAAAUAAAUACAUCUGUUAUUUUACUGAGACAGAUUUGUAAAGAACAGGUUGUGAAAUUAAGGCCACUAGGACAUCUCUUUCAUAUUGAUAUGAAGUAUAUCAUUUCUAUUGAUGGCAAACCUGUCCUAUACCUUGGUUUUAGACUUUAGGUGUUCUUCAAAAGUGAAUUUAUGCCACAUGCAUGUGCAUUGUAUUUAUAAAGAUUAUACAUGUAGUUUCCCAGGGAGAAACUAAGAACUCGACAGCAUAGACAUGGAUUGUUUGGUGAGCGUGCUGUUGUGUGAUACAGAUUGAGAAACCUGAGGAGAACAGGAGGUGCUCUUGGUUUUUCCAGUGGUUUCCCGAGUCUUCAGUACAAAUACCCAGCACACAUUCACUUUAUGAACUUAAAUGAGGAUUAAUGUAUUCUAGACCAUAAAGCUGCUAUGGAAUGAUGAAGUAAAAGUGUACCUUAGCGAGUUUUGGAAAACAAAACACUCAGUGCAUCAGGAGGAAGGUGGCCACCCCAAAGCAUGACUGGCACACUCCAAGGAGGUUUAGAACAAAGCCAUGAGGGCCAGAGGAGCCAGACACCUGGGCAGUGAGCCUGGCCAGCCGGCCAUACAACCUGGCUGCACAGACAGCCAAAAUUAGAAUAUUAUGGUCGUAGAACUCUGGGGUGGAUGGUAUUUGAUGGUUUGACAUCUCCGAACUGCUAAAGUCGCAUUUGCAUUCUUGUUCACACAAACUCCUUGGCUCUUCUAACAACCAUGGUUCCAAACUUCAUCACAGCUUAGAUUGCUCAGCACUGAGGUAAACUUUGUAUUGUCAUCCUAGUGUAUGCUUUUAGUGUCUUAUUGAUUUUGUUGACACUGUAUUUGGACCUGUCCUUGUAAAUGUAGAGACAUGUGUGGCUUCAUGGGUAAUUUACGAGUAAAAGAUGACUUGACGUGACACCUGUAUGAAAAUGUAAUGAUUGAACUCACUGUGUACAGCACGUGAAUUAAAAUGUCUGCCUCUCAAAGACAUUUCUUGAUGCCUCCACUCAAUAGAUUCCAAAUGUACUGGAUAUCCCUGUGUACAUACAUGUGUUAAAUAAAUCCGAAUUGUACUGAA